UGUGUGUAUGUGUGUGUUUAAAAGGACACUUGAAUUAUCAGUCCUGCUCUUUUCAGGGCGGCAGACACACGGACUGGACCUUGUUCCUAACUGUUUAUUUGAUCUGCCGUUAGGAACAAAGCUAAAAUUAAGAAAAAAUAAGGAAACUCUUUUUAUUUUUAUUGCUGAUUGAAGUGUCGGGAACAUGAAGUGGGGCGUGUGGCUUGGAGUUUCUCUCCUCACCUGUGGAAUUCUCUGUUGGGGAGUAAAGAUCCUGGACAUCCCUGAGUAUGAUGGCAAAGAUCGUGUCCAUGAGCUCAGCAGCAAAAACUACAGGGCUGUGAUGAAGAAGUACGAUGUCAUGGUGAUCUACUAUCACAAAGCUGUCGGAGGAAACCGCAUGGCCAAGAAGCAGUUUGAAGUGGAAGAGCUUGCUUUGGAGUUGCUAACAAGCCCUGCUGCCCUCACCUACCAGCUUGCUGCACAAGUGCUUGAUGACUUUGAUGAUGAGGAUAUUGGAUUCGGGCUGGUGGAUGCGAAGAAGGAUGCUGCUGUUGCCAAGAAGUUAGGUUUGGAUGAAGUCGACAGCAUUUAUAUCUUUGCUGAUGACGAGAUCAUUGAGUAUGAUGGAGAAAUGGCUGCAGAAACACUGGUGGAAUUCCUCUAUGAUGUUAUAGAAGAGCCUGUGGAGAUCAUCGACAACGAAGGAGAGCUAAAAGGCUUUUUUAACAUUGAUGAGGAUAUCAAGUUGGUGGGAUACUUUAAGAAUGAGAAGUCCCGACACUUUAUUGAAUAUGAUGAUGCCGCUGAAGAGUUCCAUCCGUUUAUCAAGUUCUUUGCCACUUUCAAUUCAAAAAUUGCCCAUAAACUAAAACUGGAAAUGAAUGAGGUGGAUUUUUAUGAACCCUUCAUGAAACAUCCUAUCGCAAUCCCAGGCAAACCUUACAGUGAGGAUGAGAUAAUUGACUUCAUUGAGGAGCAUGAAAGACCAACUCUAAGAAAACUUGAACCCCACAACAUGUAUGAGACUUGGGAGGACGACAUUAAUGGGCAACACAUUGUAGCCUUUGCUGAAGAAUCUGACCCUGAUGGUUUUGAAUUACUGGAGAUUCUGAAGGAGGUAGCCCGUGAGAACACAGAAAACCCUAACCUUAGCAUCAUCUGGAUCGACCCAGAUGACUUCCCCCUGCUGGUGCCCUACUGGGAAAACACCUUUGGCAUUGACCUUUCCUCUCCACAAAUUGGUGUGGUGGAUGUGAAGGAUGCUGACAGUGUAUGGAUGGACAUAGAUGAUGAGGAGGACAUGCCCACUUCAUAUGAGCUGGACACCUGGAUUGAGGAUGUGCUGGCAGGAAAAAUUGACGUUGAUGACGACGAUGACGAUGACGAUGACGAUGACGACGAUGACGAUGACGACGAUGACGAUGACGACGAUGAUGAUGACGACGACGAUGAUGACGAUGACGAUGACGACGACGAUGAAGACGAUGACGAUGACGACAAUGACGACGAUGAUGACGACGAUGAUGACGACGACGACGACGACGAUGACGACGACGAUGACGACGAUGACGACGAUGACGACGAUGACGAUGAUGAUGACGACGAUGACGAUGACGAUGACGAUGAUGAUGAUGAUGACGAUGAUGAUGAUGAUGAUGAUGACGAUGACGAUGACGAUGACGACGACGACGAUGAUGACGACGAUGAUGACGACGAUGAUGACGACGAUGAUGACGAUGAAUAAAUUCCUUUUAUCACCUCAGGGAUUUCACCAUGUUGACUGGCACUAGCCCAAAUACUUUAAUGACCAUGAAUGUGAAGUUCAAAGUUCAUCCAAGGCUUCAUUGUCCACACGGUCAUCAUUUCCUGGUGCUGGAAGCAUUUUGCCUUUCUAAGGCAGAAUCCAUCUGAAUCCCUUGACACUUCAGGGGCACAUCAGCUUUAUUUGACUGGUCUUUUUAUAAUGCCCUUGUGGUGUUCUCUAAUUUUGUAAAUGUUUUUCUUGUCCAACUUCAAAUUCUCAAUGUUGCUUGUUAAUGCUUAUUUAAGAGCAUUUUCUGAAAUAAAAAAAGGGGACAAGGCUGGGGAUAACCAGCCAUCUUUCAGCCAAGUUUUACAAAGUAUUAAUAA